AUGAAAAUCAUCACGGUCUACUCCUUUCAUCUAUAUAUAAAGACAAAAGUACGAAUCAUGGCUUUGGCAAUGAAUACAACCAUAACAAUCUCUUGUGAAGAAUCACAAGAACAAUCAGGACCAACAAUUGUUCAUAGUACUGGUGUGAAAAAUUACCGUAUUCAACCAGAAAUUAUCCAGUUUCUACAAGAAUCAUGUGGAAAUGAAAAAUUAUGUGAUCACGAAAAAGGUGUACAAUGCACCGAUGGAGCUGCACACGUUUUGGAAACAUUCAAACGUGCCGGUUUUAGCGUAACAAGUGAAAGCAAGGCCGGUAGUCGUAAAUUAUGGAUGUUGACCAAAACAGACGAAGGUGGUUCAAGUGGACCAACACCUAGCGGUGGACAUCAUCCAACACCUGCCAAACCAGAUGAAGAUGAAAAUCCAGCCGAUGGUGGAGAUGAAGAGCCAGAUUGUAUGAUCGAUGGCAAGUACAUGAUGAAUGAUGAAGGCCGGCGAGAGCGAAAAUAUAUUGUGGAGAAGCCAAUGAAAAAGAAAACAAUAUCAAUCAUUACAUAG